CGGAGCCAGGGACGCCCCCAAACGCAGACCCCCGCACUGGGGUCUGGUGGUGGGUGGGUCCCCAGGCCCUGAGAGGCAGGGCUAGGAGAACCCAGGUGUCCAGACACCCCAGAGCAGGCAAGGAGCAUCAGCGAACAUCACAGCCUUGAGCAGAGAAGGAGCAGGCUCUGAACUCCGCCAUGAUCCUGCUGCUGCCCCCCACCCCCUUCCUGCUUUUCCUGCUGUUGCUGCUGUGGGGGUACAUGGAGGCCCAGCAGCCCACUCAGCCCCACUCCAUCAAGAUUGAGGGUGACAUCACUCUGGGGGGGCUCUUCCCAGUGCACUCGAGGGGCCCAGCAGGGGUACCCUGUGGGGCAGUGAAGAAAGAGAAGGGCAUCCACCGUAUGGAAGCCAUGCUCUAUGCCCUGGACCAAGUCAACAGCGACCCCCAGCUCCUGCCUAACCUCACACUGGGUGCCCGCAUCCUUGACACCUGCUCCCGUGACACCUACGCCCUGGAGCAGUCACUGACUUUUGUCCAAGCCCUGAUCCAGAAGGACACAACUGAAGUGCGCUGCUCCGAUGGGCGCCCGCCCAUCCUGCCCCGGCCUGAGCGGGUGGUGGGCGUCAUUGGGGCCUCGGCCAGCUCCGUCUCCAUCAUGGUAGCCAAUGUGCUGAGGCUCUUUGCGAUCCCACAGAUCAGCUAUGCAUCCACAGCGCCGGAGCUGAGCGACAACACACGCUAUGAGUACUUCAGCCGCGUGGUGCCCCCAGACUCCUACCAGGCCCAGGCCAUGGUGGACAUAGUCCAGGCACUGGGCUGGAACUACGUGUCCACACUGGCCUCUGAGGGCAACUAUGGUGAGAGUGGGGUCGAGGCCUUUGGGCAGAUAUCCAGGGAAGCUGGUGGGCUCUGUAUCGCCCAGUCCAUCAAGAUCCCAAGGGAGCCAAAGCCAGGCGAGUUCGACAAGCUCAUCAAGCGGCUCAUGGAGACUCCCAAUGCUCGUGGCAUCAUUCUCUUCGCUAACGAGGAUGACAUCAAGCGGGUGCUGGAGGCAGCAGCCCAGGCCAACCUGACAGGGCACUUCCUGUGGGUCGGCUCUGACAGCUGGGGGGCCAAGACAGCACCAGUUCUGGGCCACGAGGAUGUGGCUGAGGGUGCUGUCACCAUUCUGCCCAAGCGCACACCCAUUGAAGGCUUUGAUCAAUACUUCACUUCCCGCUCCCUGGAGAACAACCGCCGCAACAUCUGGUUUGCCGAGUUCUGGGAGGACGACUUCAGCUGCAAGCUGACGCGCCCAGGCAGCGCCGCCGGCUCCGAGCUAGCCCGCAAAUGCACCGGGGCAGAGCGCAUCGGGCAGGACUCGCCCUACGAGCAGGAGGGGAAGGUACAGUUCGUCAUCGAUGCUGUCUACGCUAUGGCCCAUGGACUCCACGCCAUGCACCAGGCCCUAUGCCCUGGUGCCCCUGGCCUCUGUCCCCUCAUGGACCCCCUGGAUGGGCAUGACCUGCUGCAGUUCAUCCGUGCUGUCAGCUUCAACGGCAGCGCUGGGACUCCUGUCACCUUCAAUGAGAAUGGUGAUGCCCCUGGACGCUAUGACAUCUUCCAGUACCAGGUGACCAAUGCCAGCACCCCCGGCUACCGUGCCAUUGGCACCUGGACAGAGACCCUGCGGCUCAACCUGGAGGACAUGCAGUGGUCUGGCGGUUCCCGGGCCAUUCCCCCCUCCCUGUGUAGCCUCCCCUGUGGCCCUGGUGAACGCAAGGCACUGGUGAAAGGUGUCCCCUGCUGCUGGCACUGUGAGCUGUGUGAUGGCUACCGCUACCAGGCCGACGAGAGCACCUGCCUGCCUUGCCCCUAUGACCAGCGGCCUAGCCACAACCGCACCUCCUGUGAGCCCACACCUGUAGUCACCCUGGGCUGGGGGUCCCCCUGGGCUGCUGUGCCUGUGGCGUUGGCUGUGGUUGGCAUGGGAGCCACUCUCUUUGUCCUUGUGACCUUUGUGCGGCACAACGACACACCAGUAGUGAGAGCCUCAGGCCGGGAGCUCAGCUACCUCCUUCUAGCCGGCAUCCUGCUGGUCUACUUGGCCACCUUCCUGCUGGUGGCUGAGCCACAGGCCAGUGUCUGCGCUGGCCGGCGCCUGCUACUGGGGCAAGGCUUAGCUGUGACCUACGCAGCACUGCUGACCAAGACCAACCGCAUCUACCGCAUCUUCGAACAGGGGAAGAAAUCCGUAACCCCCCCCCGCUUCAUCAGUCCCCGCUCCCAGCUGGUCAUCGCCGGGGGGCUCUCACUAGUUCAAGCUGCUGGUGCGUUGGCCUGGGUGGCGGCUUCCCCGCCCCACGCUGUGGUGGACUUUGCCCGUGGGAGGCACGGGGACCCCCGUGAAGCUCGGGCUGUGCUGCGGUGCGACAUGUCCGACCUGUCCAUCCUGGGCUGCUUGGCCUAUGGUCUGGGGCUCAUGGCCACAGGCACCAUCUACGCUGUCAAGGCUCGUGGCGUGCCCGAGGCCUUCAACGAGGCCAAGCCUGUGGGCUUCGCCAUGUACACCACCUGCGUUGUCUGGCUCGCAUUCGUGCCCAUCUUCUUCGGCACUGCCCAGGCUGAGGAGAAGCUGUACGUCCAGACGGCGACGCUGACUGUGUCACUGAGCCUGAGUGCGUCCGUGCCGCUAGGGCUGCUCUUCCUGCCCAAGGUGCACGUGGUGCUGCUGCGGCCCGAGCUCAACGUGGCCAAGCGCAAGCGCAGCCUCAAGACGGCGACCGGCCCCGCACCCGAAGGACAGGCCCCGCCUCCCUGAGCCCGGCCACCCCAGAAGCACCAGGACCCAAAGAAGAGCAAGAAGACCGGGGGGAGGGGGGAAGUGGGUAAGAGCUGAGGGGAGGAGGCAAGAGGGCAAUAAACCCUCAUUUUGUAGAGAAGCAACCCAAGUUGCUCCAUGGGGUGGGGGCUCAGAUGCCUGGGUUCCUUUCUGCAGUCCCCCCCAACAUUCAAUGGAAGUCACUGGACCCCCUUUCCAGAGUGAGGAGAAAACCUAGGCUCAC